GUAAUCAAUGCCAGGCACCUUGGGGCAGGUAAGACGUGUUGCGCAUGGGGACUGUGUCACUUGUUACAGCUGAUAUUUUGGCACGUCCACAGUGCCUCGUACAUCGUCCCGCCUAUUGUCAUUUCUCCAAUUUCGUGUCCAUCCCGGUCCUUGCGGCGUGGGGUAAAAGCGCACACCCGCCAGCGCCGUCAUCCAUUCCCGUCUUGGACCGUGGAAAGCCGAUGGGUAGCAGGCCGGGAAUGGGUUAGGGAACGUGUAAGACAAAUAAGAAGAGAGGUGCACCCCUCCUUCUCGCCGGAAGACACGGAUGAGACGUGAGGUGAGAUUGCUGUGAAGAAAGAAAGAAAGCUGGAAAGACUUUAUUGGGAAAAGGACCGAACUUGGUGUUUGGCAUACUACUAUAUCGAACUAUAUUCACGGCUUCGUGAGAGUUUCACUGCUGUGUGGAGGUCACUCAAAACGGCGGAUGACAAACGGCUGCUGCUUGACAACACCAUACCGUUGAAUCGAGAGGAAAAGGAACAGUGAAUAUGGAUUCAAGUCAUCUCUGGGCCUGGCUAGGCCUCGCCGCCGUGGGAGGCGUGCUCUACGUCGCCGGUAUCGUCGUGUACCGCAUCUUCUUCCAUCCUCUGGCAAAGUACCCAGGACCGUUCAUCGCAAAGGUCACGGAUGGAUACCAGCUUUAUCACGCCUGGAACGGCGACAGACAUCUCGACUUCUACAAGCUUCACAAGCAAUACGGCAAAAUCGUCCGCUUCGGCCCCAACUCGGUCUCCUUCAACUCCGCCACGGCCCUCAAGGAAAUCUACGGCUUCCGCUCCAACGUCGGCAAGGCAGAGUUCUACAACGCCUUUGUCCACCCGGCGCCCAACACCCACAACGCCCGCGACAAGGACGUCCACGCUCGCAAGCGCCGCGUCCUCGCCCACGGCUUCUCCGACUCGGCCAUGAAGGAGAUGGAGCGCUACAUCAUCGGUAACGUGCGCUCCUUCACCGCCGAGAUUGGUCGCGGCGCGUCCGCUGAGACAAAGGGGUGGUCGACGCCCAAGAAUAUGACGGACUGGUGUAACUACCUCGCCAUGGAUAUCUUGGGAGACUUGUCGUUUGGAAAAGCAUUCCAUAUGCUCGAGGCACCCGAUAACCGGUUUGCGUUGGACUUGAUCGCCGCGGCGACCAAGAGGCAUCUUCUUUGCGGUACCAUGCCCAUCGUCGACAAGCUCAAGCUUGACAAGCUCCUCUUCCCGACCAUUGCGGCAGGACGCGCGCGUUACAUGGCCUACAGCAAGGCGCAGUUGACGGAGCGGACGAAGCUUGGCGAAGAUACGGAUCGACGCGACUUCUUCUACUACCUCCUCAAGGCACGCGACCCGGAGACUGGACUGGGCUUCUCGACGCCAGAGCUCUGGGGCGAGUCGAACCUGCUCAUCAUCGCCGGCGCCGACACCACGUCAACAGCCAUGGCAGCGACCCUCUUCUACCUUUCCCGUAACCCCGCGGCGCUCCAGCGCGCAACCGCCGAAAUCCGUAGCAAGUUCUCCGAAGUCGAGGAGAUCCGUCAAGGCGCGACAAUCAACACAUGCACCUACCUCCGUGCCUGCAUCGACGAGGCGAUGCGUCUGUCCCCCUCCGUCGGUGGCCUCCUCCCACGCGAGGUUCUCGCGGGCGGCAUGACCAUUGACGGCGCGCACAUUCCAGCAGGAACCGUCGUCGGCACACCGCACUACACGAUCCACCACAACGAGGACUACUUCCCCUCAGCGUACGACUACGUCCCCGAGCGAUGGAUCGUCGGCGCGGCGAACCCUUUGUUUGGUGGUCGGGAGACGACCGAGGCCGACACGGCCAGGGCGCAGAGCGCGUUUUGUCCGUUCUCGAUUGGAGCCAGAGGAUGUAUUGGCAAGGGGCUCGCGUAUGCUGAGAUGUCGACCGCAUUGGCGAGGACGUUGUUCUUGUACGACGUGCGCAAGGCGGUGGGCGUACUUGACCCGGCUGAGGGACGCGCAGAUUUGGACGAGGGCCGGAGACGGGUCUCGGAGAUGCAGUUGUACGACACAUUUACGAGUAUGAAGGAUGGACCGUUGUUGGAGUUCAGGGCGAGGGCGUGAGAGCGAGGCCGGAAAGGUCGACAUUGUUGUUUCUACCGAGGAUGGCUUGGUUGAAGCUGGGGUCAGACAACCCC